CAUGUCGAUCAAGUCCUCCAGAGACUCUUGGAAAGUAAAUCGUACAUUGAGGCGGAUAAUUGCGAGUUUCCCUCCAGCAAGAUCAGUUCUUUUGUUUUGGAUAUUGAGAGGGGACAAGUUGAGCCAGCUAAACCUGUUGUCUCUAGUGACCUUUGCCCUGCAGCUGAACCCCCACCUUGAUUCUUGACCACCACCAAGCAUUCCCCCUUGGAUUUUUGACACCAGGGAUGGGGCCUUCAGUACCUUGUGAUUGGGAGGGUUCUGGUCCUGAGGAACGUGCACUGAUUCCCUGGUCGGUCAUAUUGGCCUCGGACAUGGUGAGGGAGUUUCACAGGGCUCACCCUGAAAGGCCCGGGGGGUCGCCUCCGGUAACAAGGGGCAUACUGAACAACAUGAACACCACCAUCGCAGAGAACUUUUCAUCAAGCUCCUCUGAUGAGUCUUACAUAUGGCCAAUUGUGUCCAUGUUCAUCAGCCUGACCCUCAGCCUUCCUUUGAAUAGUUACGUCAUGUGGCUGAUACUGAGAGCUUCCAGAGAGUCUAUAGCCUCAGACUUCUUUUCUCUCAACCUUGCCAUGUCUGAGAUCUUUUUUUCUCUAUCUGGCGUGUGGGUUCUGCUUUAUGAAAAGUUGAAAUUAUUAUCAUGUAUGAUAACCUUUCUGUUCUCACUUGGCCUUCUCUUUACAGCACGCCCUCUCUUUCAGUGCUGCAUCUGCAUUGAGUACUACGUAGGGGUUGUGCACCCUGUGUUAUUUCUGAGGUUUAAACCCUUGAGAUACAGGGCGGCCUGUUGUUCUGUUAUCUGGCUGAUUAUUUUGGCGUCUUGCUUGUACAGCCCAUUCACCUUUUUUAAACCAUUGUAUAUGUAUGCAUAUUUCAUCCAAACUGUGUUGUUGCUUGGUGUGAUGCUGUUCUGUUGCCUCUCAGUUCUCCGUGCUCUGAAACGCCCAGGACCAGGAGACAAAGAGACGGGGAAGAAGACGAGUAAUGCGAUGAAGAGGAAGGCCUUUAAAAUCAUUUCACUGAUCAUGGUUUUCAUGACCAUACAUUUCUUUUUGUACAUGGCUGCAAUUCCACCGCAAUGUUGUCUGAAGAAGUUUCAUGAUGUCUUUAGCCUUUUCAUAACUGUAUCUUUAACCACUGGGUCUAUUCAGCCACUCCUCUACCUCCAGCGGUUUGGAAAACUUCCCUGUGUGAGAAAGAUUUAAUUACUCCAGGAACAUAUUCCUAUGCAUCCAAAUAUACAUUUCUGAUCUUAUUUUGUGAAGAUUGAUGUCAUGUUUAAAACAUUUUUGUAUAUAAGCUUGAGUUUUCAAGAAUUGCGCAUUGUGUUCCUCUUGUUCUCUUUACUUCUGAAUUAAACUUCUGUAAAGCUCA